GCGUCCGGUCGCGGACCCCGGCGCGGCCUGCCCGGCGAAGUGAGGUCCCGAGCCGGCUCCCCGGAGGGACCUGCCUGGUUUCUAAGACGGCCUCAGCCUCUCGCUGUGGCCGCCCUGUAUUCGCCGAGAUCUUGGACUGAGCCGAAUGAAAGAAAAUUCCUCUCCUCCCGCGCUUUACAUCCAUGGUUGCUCGCUUGGUCGUACUAUCUAUCUGAGAAUCAGCUUGGCGAGAGCAAAGGAGUAAUCAUCCUCUCAGGCUCUCACAGCCACCUUCUAGCCCUUUCCACAGUUUGCACGGGUAUGAGUUCAGGAACUCCAGCCUGGGAGGAUGGUGUGCAUUCCUUGCAUCGUCAUUCCAAUUCUGCUCUGGGUCUACAAAAAAUUCCUGGAGCCAUACAUAUACCCUCUGAUUUCCCCCUUUGUUAGCCGUAUGUGGCCUAGAAAAGCUCUUCGAGAAACAAAUGAUAAAAACAAAGGGAAAGUAGACUGUAAGGGUACAGACAUAAAUGGAUUACCAACGAAAGGAUCAACGGAAAUCUCCGAUAAAAAGAAAGACUAAAGUAAUUGUUCCAAAGGAUUUCAUUGUUUUAAAAAUGGACCUGAUAAUAUGAAGCACCUUGCUUGUAAUUGUCUCUUACCUUUUUUCUCUGAGACCAGAAAUCGAGAUAGCUUAGAUACUUACCUGAUAUUAAUCAGGAAAUACAUAAUUAUAUUUAAAAUGUGUUGUUCUAUUUAAAGAUCUCAUUCUGAGUUCCUAUUUCAUUAAAGUAGCUUUCAUUUCUGUUACUGCAGUUAUGAAUAAAUAGAAGGUUUAUGCCAGUAGACACUGCUACUAAAUCCGUACUAGAAGGUCCUUGGGCCUCUAGCUCUUGUUCAGGCUCCGUGAAUUUGAGCAGAGUGUGAUGUUACUGUGAAACUGUGGAAUGAGACCGCGCUGUGAAAGGAAAGGGAGUUUGGGGAGAUGAUGAGGACUCGAAAUAUGAAGAUGUAAUUCCUGUCCAACACAACGGAGCAGCCUGCUUAGGCGCGUAGUAAUUACUCUUACUGCUCUGAGGAGGGUAGACAUGACAGGGAGAUCAGGGAAACACCUUUGAAUUUUUUACAGAAUAUACCUAAUGUAUAUUAUAAAAUCCUAAUCUUUGUUGCAUUCCUUCUGUUCUUACAAAUUAAAUUAAAUAUUCAGUUUACUUGU